AAACUCCGAAAGGCCAUGUUCAUUAAUGAAAAUUCUCUGGUUGAGUUGGAUUUGUCGUCCGGCGUCUUGAUUAAAGAGUCCGUUCGAAGCAGGGUAGCGAUGGAUUUCACAGGAAAACAGGGUAGAAUAGUCGAGGAUCCCGUAGAAGCAAACGAGAUCGCUCUGGCAGAAGGUUAUAUGUGGAAGAGACGUCACAAAAUACCGACCAGAAGGACUGUGAAUUCUAAACUGAAUGAAAACCACGUAGAUGUAGGAAUUCACACCAUGCAGCCUUGGUUCCAUAGCAACUUGACGAGGGAUCAGGCCUCCUCCCUCGUCACCAGAUAUGGAGAAGGAGAUGGGGUGUUCAUCGUGAGGCCGAGCCGGACCAGCGAGGGAACAUACGUCCUAACCUACAAAUGUCAAGGAAAAUUAGCCCAUCAACAGAUAGUCCCCAUGAUCGACAAGGAAAGAAACAUAACAGUUUUCACGCUGGACAACGGCCAAACGAAAUUCUACGACAUCCUACAAUUAGUUGAGUUCUACACGGUGAACCUCGGACCGUUGAUGUGUCGUUUAACGCACUAUAUCACGGAAAACGCCAACAUACAAAACCCAAACGUCCCAUCCCCAUCGAACGCCCCCAAAUAUGUGAAUGUUGCUGUAAAUACCGAUAUAACUAUUCACAGCGCGGAAAACGUGAACUUGUUGGAAUCACCUUCAGGAUCGUCAAAAACUACCUCUUCGCAUUCCCUCAGCUCACGCUAACUUCUUCUGACAAAGUUCUGUUUACGUUCAGUAUAGACUUAUCGCAUAAUUUCUCAUCGUUUUCGCUACACACAACGUCUGUUCGAUUCUGCUUCAAUUCUAUCGCAUCGUACGGUUAAGUUAAAUGAUAAAUAUACAGGGUGUACCAGUCAGUUCGUAUGUUUCAAUGGAGAAAAUUAUUCUGGCUCAUGAAAUGGACUGACAGUGAGCUAGCUAUCAACUGCUUUCUUUGCUGCAGUGCAAAAACACCUCAAGAAUUUUCUCUUAUGCAGUUGUGGCUCUAACUUUUAAGCAUUUCAUUUUGCUUUAUUGUUUUUAAGUAUUAAUUAAUAGUAUUCAAUGACUGCUACUCCGUAAGGAAGGAAGUAAAUCUCUAAGUAACGUCCGAACUUAUUGGAAGACACUGUAUUAUGCUAACAAAAUGAAAAAUUCUUUCUGUUCUACCGAUAUUUAUUAGAAAUAUUAUGGACGCUUUGAAAUGAAACUAAGAGAGUUCAAAUCGUCGAUAGGAUGGAAGAAAUUUUCAGCAUGAGUGAUAAUCUAUAUGCUAUCUUACCCUUCAUUUAAUCUAUAAACGUUUAAUUUAUUUUUCAGUAGAUAUAUAAUCUCAUCUCCACCCUAUAACAUAACAUGGAAAAGAUUCCCACGAAAGAUUGAAUAUUUCUAAUAUCUAGUGUAAUUUAGUAGUAGAAAAACAACUAAUUGAAAAAUAACGAUGGGCGUGAACACUGCAAUAGUUCAACAUUGUACGAAAAUGAAGAACUAUAAAUACUUGAACAAAAAAAAACAUGAGAAACAUUCAGAAUGUCUUUCAAAUCCGUCAACGAACAUGGUUCUCAAUAUUUUUUACGUUGUCCUGUCCAGGGAUGAUAUGUGAUAUCGAAAUAUACCAAUUCUUCAACAAGAAUUACCUGUAUAAAUAUUUUCCACUUAGGAUUUCGAAAAAAAAAUUUCUUCACCAUUAUGAAUAAUUCAGGGGUAGGCAUAUCUAAGACGCAAACUGAAAACCAAGUUUUUUGACUGAUAUAUUAAGAUAGACCAAACGAAUCAACAAAUAAAUUCGAGGAUAUUCAGAAUGGGUGAGACACAUUCGAGAGGAGUUUAUUAAUGGAAGUCAGUAUUAAUCAAAUAUUAAUUUUAACUGAAAAACAGGGUGUUGUAACUAGUUUAUUUUCUCAAUUGAUAGAGACAAGGCUGUGGUUGCUUUUUGUGUAAGGAACGAAUAUGUAUUUGUAAUCAUUUUAUAUCUGUUGAAUUAGUGUAUUAAUGUUUUAGGCUCGAUGUUGAAAUUGAUGAAAAUUCAAAUUUUCCUAACGAUUUUAUUCAUUUCAUUCGAAACUUUGAGUUCUAGGUGAUAAGAUACAACCAAAAACUCUUAUAUAAUCACAAAGCAAUAUGUAACUGUUCUAACUACUACAUAGUUAUCAAUUAAUCUUAUAUACUAAAAAUAGAUGUGAUACUUUUUCAAUCAAUACAAAUUAUCUGUAAGUGAGGAUAUUGUCCAAACUCUUCUCAUUUUUUUCCAAAUUUCGAUUUUAGUUAUACGAAGUUUGAAGGUAUCGAAAAUCAAGAAAUAAGGAUAUGUAUCAUUUCACAAAAACGCUGUUAGUUGAGCAGAAGUUUGAAAAUAUAAAUGUGAUAUAAAUAGUAUAAGUAAACUUAGGUUAGAAUAUCCCUUUCGUUCUUUCAUUUAUAUGUAUUAAAUUAUAUUCUCAGCCAAUAAUAGUUUAUUGCCUCAAAUGAAAUUAGAAAAGCCUGAAAUAAAAAAGUACCUGAAUUACAAAUCUCUUAUAUCAAUAAUUUUAUUCAAGGAUGAAAAAUUAUUGUUUGGAUUAUAAUGUUUCGAGAAAUCUCAAUUUCGCAGUAUUUCAGAAUAGGCAAUAAACGAUGAAAUCUUGAUUUAUAUAAGUGCUAUGUGUUCGAAUGGAGUAUAAGAAGGUCCAGUCCUCAUUUUCAGUGAACGCCUUCAACAAAUGACGAAAUACAUGAGAGAAAUCAAUGAGAAGACUAAUUUUUAAUACUUUUUGAAAUUCACACAACUAUUCGUACAAGCUUUUAUCCUAAUUUUUUAUUUGCAAGUUUUCUAUUAUAGAAAAGGUAGCUCGUUUCGUGAUCAAUUAGUGUAUAACAAUUCAAGAAUUAAUCUAAACCUAAUUGUAUUUCUUUUAACAUAAAUGUCUCCAUAAGCACAUUUCAUAUAAUAUAAUGCUUGAAAAUAACUCCUCAAUUUUGGGGUUCAAUUGUUUAGAUUAGUAUGACCAUGCAUUAUUUUAUUUAAUUUAGAGAAAAUUUCUAUAUUUUUUGAAAGUGUACUCGUCGAAUACUUUGCACAAUCAAUACCCCAGAUCUUCUGUUUCUGAAAUAAAUAUCAAAACAGAAAA